AUGCCAAAACUCAAGGUCAGCACGUCAAACGUCUUUAUUCCGAGCGAACCCCUCUUCCCCGUUCAUUUCAUUUUCCAUCACGCGACAGAUACUUAUGGAAUCCUGGUCCCAGAUUUCGCAAAGGACAUUGGUGUAACAAGUAAUGAUGUCAAUGAUGCUGUUUCUCUGUUCUUUAUCACGUUUGUGAUUUUCCAACCCAUUUCUGCGGCCGCUGGAAGGAUGAUAGGCCCUAAGUACUGGAUGCCUUUCCUUAUGGCGGUCUGGGGAGUCUUGACAUUGUCCAACGCUCUUAUCCAUGGUCGAGGCCAGCUUAUUGCUAUCCGACUCCUAAUUGGUGUAUUCGAGGCAGGGUUCUACCCAACCGUACUCUUCUACCUGUCUACCUUCUAUCCUCGGUUCGAUUUAGCCACACGGAUUGGUAUAUUCUAUGGCCAAUACGCAAUUGCCGGUGCCUUUUCGGGUGCAAUCUCAUAUGGUAUCUUCAAACUUCAGGGUGCUCUGCAUAAUUGGCAAUAUUUGUUCCUCAUCGAGGGUUCAAUGACCAUUUUCGUCGCCCUCCUUGCCCUUCUUGUACUCCCCAGGCAACCCGGAUCCGCUUGGUUUCUCAGUCGCGAGGAGAAGGAAUUCGCAGCUCAGAGGAUGCGCAUUGACAAUGAGAGAUAUGUCCUAAGCGAGCACGGGGUGGCCAAUACCGAGGUAUUCUCGCAGCGAUUGACUAUGCGGGAUGUCGUUGAGACGGCGAAGGACUGGAAACUUUGGACCAUUCUGAUUUGCAACAUCUGCGCGAGUGUUCCAAGUCAAGCCUUUAGUAUCUUUCUCCCCGUUGUCGUCGAGGGAAUGGGGUUCAGCUCAAACCAGGCCAAUUUGAUGUCUGUACCCCCAUUUGUGUGUGGUGCCCUGGGUUUGUAUCUUGCAACUUUUAGUUCCGAUCAUUUCAUGGAAAGAGGCUACCAUGCAAUUGCAGGGCUCGUCACCAGCAUGAUAGGAUUGAUCGUCAUCAUUACAGUGGACCAAAAUACUGGCCGCUACGUAGCUUUAUGUGUCCUUCUCGCUGGCAGCUACAUUACUCCAUCUUUAACCAUGGCCUGGCUCAGCGGCAAUACUCCAGCACCCGGGAAACGAGCCCUGGUAAUUGGGGUCAACGGAGUUGGUAACCUCGCAGGCGUAAUUGGCGCGCAGCUCUUCCGUUCGAACUACGGGCCGACAUAUCUCGUUCCUCUCCAUGCAACGUUGGGAUUCGUUGGGUUUGCCCUAGUUGGGUAUGCGGCCUAUCGCUUCACACUGCGUGCUGUCAAUAACCAUCGGGCCCGUAAGAUCUCGAUGUGGUCAGAGCUCGACUUUGAAAAUGAGCGCCUUGAUGAUACACGGUUAGGUGAUAAGAAGUACACUUUCGUUUAUAGCCUUUAA